AUGUCGACUGCUGCGGAUUCAGAUCCGUUGCAGGAAAAGGCCCAGUCCAUGACUGAAAAGACCCCGAGCGGAGAAAAUUCAGAAACUCAGAGAACACCAACGCCUACCGAGCACAGGCACUCUGCAGUGAAAGAUCUAACAGAUGAAUUUAUCCGCAAUAGUACUGAUGACUCUGACGGUAACCCUCUAUUCGGAAGCGAUGAUCUGGAAUCUCCCCUCAACUCAUCCGGUAGUAAGUUCAAUGCCCGCUCGUGGGCCACCAAUAUCGCUCGAGCUGCUCAGAAGGGUGGCCAGGACUUUCGCAGAAUCGGCUUAUGUUUCGAAGAUUUGAACGUUUUCGGCUACAUCACCGCGGCAGACUUUCAAAAGACUGUUGGGAAUAUAUGGCUGGCCUUGCCUGCAAUGAUCGCUCGUCGUCUUUGGCCUAGUGCGAGCACUUCUGGCCAAAGCCGAGUAGAUAUUCUCCGACAAUUUGACGGCCUUAUACAGCCCGGAGAAAUGUGCAUCGUACUGGGCCCACCAGGAUCCGGCUGCUCGUCGUUUCUCAAGGCGAUCUCAGGGGAACGGAACGGGAUAUACAUUGGCGAGAAUUCGUUCUUCAAUUACCAAGGAAUAACAGAUGAGGAAAUGCAUACAGCUCAUAGGGGUGAUACCAUUUACACCGCGGAGGUCGAUGUCCAUUUUCCUAUGUUAACAGUGGAAGAGACGUUAACAUUUGCCGCCCACGCGCGGUGUCCCAGGGAGCUGCCAGAGGGAAUCACGCGCACACAAUACUGCGAGCAUUACCGUGAUGUCGUGAUGGCCAUGUAUGGAAUCAGCCACACCAACCACACCAAAGUUGGAGACUCUUUUGUCCGUGGAGUCUCCGGAGGUGAGCGCAAACGUGUCACCAUUGCAGAGGCGACACUUUCGAACGCUCCAUUCCAAUGUUGGGAUAACUCGACUCGUGGCUUAGAUGCUGCUAAUGCGGUUGAAUUCUGUAAGACUCUCCGACUGCAGUCCGAGGUAUUCGGUCAGACCUGCGCGGUAUCAAUGUACCAAGCCCCACAGAGUGCCUACGACUUAUUCGACAAAGCUAUGGUUAUCUAUGAAGGGCAACAGAUCUUCUUUGGAUCUGCUUCUCAAGCCAAGGAUUACUUUAUCAAUCUCGGAUUCGAGUGUCCAGCUCGGCAAACAACGCCCGACUUUCUGACAUCCAUGGCAUUCCCAGCUGAACGCGUCGCUCGUGCCGGCUGCAACCCACCACGAAAGGCCGAGGAAUUUGCAGUUGCAUGGAAAAAAAGCAGAGAAUAUAAACUCCUUCAACAAGAGAUUGAAGAAUACAAGUCCAAGCACCCGAUCAAUGGUCCAGAUGCAGUGACUUAUCGAGAGCUGAAGAAGGGCCACCAGGCUAAGGGUCAGCGCCUGAACUCUCCAUUCACUUUGACAUACUCCCAGCAGGUGAGGCUCUGUAUGUGGCGAGGAUGGAGAAGAUUUUGGGCAGAUCCUUGGCCAUCAAUCUGGGUCAUGAUUGGAAAUGUCAUCAUGGCACUCAUAAUCUCGUCUCUGUUCUACAACAUGGGCCCGACGACAGCAUCGUUUUAUGGCCGGGCCGUCGUUCUUUUCAUGGCAAUUCUGUUCAAUGCAUUUGCCUCUAUUUUAGAGGUUAUGACUUUGUAUGCACAGCGGCCGAUUGUUGAGAAACAAGCCCGCUACGCGUUCUAUCACCCAUCAGCAGAAUCAUAUGCAUCAGUACUCGUGGAUUUGCCUAUGAAGAUCACAGGCUGCAUUUCCUUCAAUUUGGUGUUCUACUUCAUGACAAAUUUGAACCGGCAUCCAGGUAAUUUCUUCUUUUAUCUCAUGGUGGUCUUUUCAAUUGUUUUAGCCAUGUCUGGAAUCUUUAGAUUCAUCGGCGCGUUUUCCCGAACAGAGCAGCAGGCAAUGGUUCCAGCUUCGAUUCUGAUGCUUGCCCUGCUUGUAUUCACAGGAUUUGUCGUCCCAAUUCGCUACAUGUUGUCAUGGUGCCGAUGGAUUAAUUACCUCAAUCCUGUCGCAUAUGGCUAUGAAGCGCUGAUGGUCAACGAGUACCAUGGCCGAAACUUCACUUGUUCAUCGUACAUCCCCAGUUACGGGAUUCCCGGUACCAAGAACGUCGCAUGCGACGCAAUUGGCGCUGUGCCCGGUGAGCCCCAUGUCAAUGGUGAUGCGUAUAUCAACUCCGCCUACAGCUAUGACAACGUUCAUAAAUGGCGCAACUUUGGUAUCAUUAUCGCAAUGAUAAUCUUCAACCAUCUGGUCUACUUCCUGGCUAGUGAGUACGUGACCGCAAAGAAGUCUAAGGGAGAAGUCCUGGUCUUCCGUCGAGGCUUCGUCCCCAAAGGUCCUACCAAAAGCACCCAAGACAUCGAGGGAUCUCUUUCGGGUCCUGUUGCAACUGUCUUGGAGAGCUCAAGCAACGAUUACGGCUCUACAAAGGAAGGAGCUUUUCAGGGUUCAGAAGGUGUGUUUCACUGGAGCAACAUAUGCUAUGACAUCAAGAUCAAGGACAAGCCUCGGCGUAUUCUCAACAAUGUCGAUGGUUGGGUGAAGCCAGGUACUUUGACAGCUCUCAUGGGCGUUUCUGGCGCUGGUAAAACAACACUCUUGGAUUGUCUUGCGGACCGCACCGGUGGCCUGGGUGUUCUCACAGGGGAGAUGCUGGUUGACGGAAAACCUCGGGAUAAGAGCUUCCAGCGCAAGACAGGCUACGCGCAACAGCAGGAUUUGCAUCUUGAAUCAAGUACCGUCCGAGAGGCUCUAGAAUUCUCUGCCCUUCUACGGCAGCCGGAAAGUACCCCAAAGGCCGAAAAGUUGGCUUAUGUCGAUGAAGUGAUCCAGCUCCUUGAUAUGGAGGAGUAUGCGGACGCUAUUGUUGGCGAGCCAGGUGAAGGCCUCAACGUUGAGCAACGCAAGCGUCUAACUAUUGGAAUUGAACUGGCCGCAAAACCACCGCUGUUACUUUUCAUCGACGAGCCUACCUCAGGCCUUGACUCACAAACAAGUUGGGCCAUUCUUGAUCUGCUUACCAAACUCUCCAAAGCUGGUCAAUCAAUUCUUUGUACGAUUCAUCAGCCCUCUGCCAUGUUGUUCCAGCGAUUUGACCGCCUUCUCCUCCUCUCAGGAGGUGGUAAAACGGUUUAUUUUGGUGACAUUGGCGAAAAUUCAAACACACUAACCAGUUACUUCGAGCACAACGGCGCCAAACCCUGUCCACCUGGUGCAAAUCCAGGAGAGUGGAUGCUUGAGGCUAUUGGAGCAGCACCUGGCAGCGAUUCUACAAUUGACUGGCACGAAAAAUGGCGUUCCAGCCCCGAAUACCGCAGCAUCCACAACGAGCUAGAUCAGCUCCGAGAAAAGAGAUCAUCGGUGUCGUCGAAAACCGAGGUUGAUCCAACUGUGUAUAACGAAUUUGCAACAUCCCUUUAUUUCCAGUUCCUCGUGGUUACAAAGCGCGCAUUCCAACACACAUGGCGCACUCCCUCAUACAUCUACUCCAAGCUUCUCCUCUGCAUCGUUACCAGCUUAUUCCUUGGACUUGUCUUCCUUAACUCUCCUCUGAGCAUUCAGGGCCUGCAAAAUCAGAUGUUUGCUAUCUUCGAGCUGAUGAGUAUUGUUGGGCAGCUUGUGGACCAGCAAUUUCCUCAGUUUAUCGCGCAACGCUCAUUAUAUGAGGCCCGAGAGAGGCCUUCCAAAGCUUACAGCUGGAAAGUGUUCAUGGUGAGCCAGAUUCUUUCAGAGAUCCCUUGGUACACGCUUGCUUCAGUAUUUAUGUGGGCGCUUUUCUACUACCCGAUUGGCUUUUACAAAAAUGCCGAAGCUGCUGAACAGGGCACUGAAAGAGGCGCACUGAUGUGGCUUCUUGUCUGGGUGUUCUUAAUGUGGGUUUCUACAUUUGCACACUUCUGCAUCUCAUUCGCCGGCUCAACCGACGAUGCCGGAAACAUAGCCAACUUCAUGUUUGUUUUGGCCUUUUUCUUUUGCGGUGUCUUGGCCUCCCCGGAUCAGAUGCCUCGGUUCUGGAUCUUUCUCUACCGCGCCUCGCCAUUGUCGUAUUAUGUCUCCGCAGUUCUCUCAACGGGUCUGGCCAAUGUCAAUGUGACUUGUGCUACCAACGAGUUCACCACUGUCAACCCGCCUCAAGGCCAGACAUGUGGUGACUACAUGUCGCAGCAUAUUUCGGAGGCAGGCGGGUAUCUUCUGGACAUGAACGCCACGAGCAACUGCCAGUUCUGCAAGGUGAAGGAAACAAACGUGUACCUGGCUGCUAUUCACUCUGAUUAUGGCACUCGGUGGCGGAACUUUGGUAUCAUGUGGGCCUAUGUCGCUUUUAAUAUUGCAGCGGCGUUAGUCUUGUACUGGGUGGCGCGAAUGCCGAAGGGUAAGAACAAGCUGUAG